CACACUGUUUUGGUAAAGUCGAUUGAUUGAAAAAAAACAAAUAAAUACGAGGAGCGGCGAAGGAAGAACUAAACCUGAUACCGGCGAUACGAAGAGUCCGCUGCUGCCCACCCCAACAGCCCCGGCCACGCCCCCCGCCCGCCCGUCGAGUGCCGAAGGAUGUCCGCUGUGGAGGCGGAUGUGCUGCAGAAAAUCGAUCUGAUUGAGCCCACAACCGGAAAAUUGUUUUUCGAGCACAAAACGGAACUGGUAUUCUGCCGGCCACAUCUGAUGCCGCUGAAGACGCAGGCGCUGGAACGUCUGGAGGAAAUGCAUCGGGACACCGCUCGCCAAUUGCAGAAGAAGCGAUUGCAGAAGAAGUCCACGGAGCCCACAGGCUCGCUAUGA